AACAGUAAGGAAAAAAAAAAAAAAACCGAAGAAGGGCAAAGCAUAUAACGUUAUCAUCCUCAACAUGAGCGUAGCUUUUCACUCUACUAAAACCGAAGAACCGCAAGCGACUCAAAACCCUAACCCAGAUCCGAAUGAUGAAUGUCAAGUAUUAGAUGUCUGGAUCCCGCGAAACCUAGAUCAAACCCAUAAAGAGAAAUACGUCAGUUCGGAAGAAGAGGAAGAAGAAGUUUGGGUUAUUGAGAAAUCAGGUAUGUCUUCUCUCUCUGAUCCGCAUGAUGUUGACCCACAAAAUCGCACGUCUCCCUCUGUCUAUUCGCGGCGAGUCAACACGCGAAGGAAGGGAGGAGUAGGGGGGAAAAAGAAGAAGCAGCAGGAGGCGUUGGAGAGGAAAAUCCAAGCGAAGAGUCAAGAACUUUUGGGUAAUCUAAAGAUCAUCCCUUUUAUACCCAACAAGAUUCUUGAUUUCUCCAAGCAAGAGAAUUUAAUUAAGCGGCUAGGGCUUUGGGAUUUCGCCCAUAUACAUUUUGAUCAAGAUGUUAGGUCGGAUUUGGUCGCCCAGUUGAUUGUGAGCUAUGAUUCUAAAUCUCGAUGCGGUUACGUUAACGGGAAGAGGAUUAAUGCGAGCAGGGCAGAUUUAGCUAGGGCUUUGAAGUUGCCCGUGAAGAAGGAAAAGGGUGCGACGACGGCAUCUUCAUCUGAACCUGUUGACUUGGAUUCUGAACUUCCUGGUGAUGAAACCGUUACAUUCUUUGAUGAUUUCAUAUCCAACUGGAUACUUUUGCACGACGAUACUUGGAUAAUGCCAAUUGAGGUUUUGAAUUGGACCAGGGUAAUCAAAGAAGGUAAUCUUGAGAAAUUUGAUUGGGCAGGAAUGAUUUGGUUUAUGGUAGAGAAGGAGCUAUCUGAAGGGGUUAAACUUGAGCAGUGUUAUUAUGCAUCUCAUCUGCAGCAUUUGAUAAAGUCACAGAAGGAAGAUAUUUUCUUCAGUGAAGUGGAGGGGGAUGAAGAGGAAGUUGAAGCCAAAGAAGAAGAAGAAGAAGAAGUUAAAGAGGAAGGAGAAGAAGUUAAAGAGGAAGUAAAAGAAGAAGAGAUUGAUGAAGUGAACAAGGACAACCAAGAGCAAGAGCCAGCUAAUGUUCUAUGGAUGGAGGAUCCAAAUGUUGAAUUGACCUUGGGACAUGAUAAUGUUGAAAGAGAAGAGAUUAAGAAUGAUGAGAUGGAAGAAGAUGAAAAGUUAGAGCAAGGAAGCUGGCUUUUAGAUAGCAAGAAUGCUAGGGAUGAGCAUUUCUUGCAGAAAUGUGAUACGGAAGUUGAUAGCGCCAUGGAUUGCUAUGUGGAGAUGAAAGAAGAAACCAAAGAAGAAUCUGAAGAAGAAGAGGAAACCAAAGAAGAAUCUGAAGAAGAAGAAGAAACCAAAGAAGAUUCUGAAGAAGAAGAACAAUAUGAGGAAGUCAAAGAAGAUUUUGAAGAGGAGGAAGAAGAAGAAGAGGGGAUAGAGACUGCUGUUGAUGAUGAUGAAGACGAUUACGAUGAUGGAAGAUUUAGCCUUCCGUCUAAAGAUGAUGAUAAUCUUGAGAGUCACGAAAAUCUACUUCAAGACUUGGAUACAACACAACUCCCUUUCAGUAGUGCACUCGGACAAUUUGACGAUCACUCAAAUAUGGAGAUUCUUGCACAUCCUAGUAGCAGCAGGAUGCAUCCCUUAUCAAUGGGACCCACCUCAGUUUUCGUUAAUAACAGAAAGAGGGAAAUCAGCCACGAGCUCGAUAUUGCCAAUGACGGAAGCAAUAAGAGAUUGAGGAAUGACGAUAAUAGCCAUUGGGCAGGUCAUCAUCAACAAACAUCAGGCGACUUUGGCAUGUGCUUGGACCAAUUGCAGCACUGGAUUGGUAAAGCUAGGAUAAUGUACUCGGAAAAAGAACAUGCCAGCGAACAAUCGAACAUGAACGAGCAAUAUCUAAUGAACGAGUUACAGAAUCGCGAACAAAUCAUUGAACACUUGCAGAGGACAAAGUCUGAAGAGCUUCAAAAGAAGGAGAACGAGAUAUAUAGGCUGGAGCGCGAAAUGUGUCUGAUGGGUAAUCUGUUAGAGGGUUAUCGCAAGGCUUUAAAAGAAACCCAUAAGUCAUUUACACUGUACAGGAAACGGAAUCAGCUUCCAGAAGAACAGAUUUAUAGAGAUGCUGGUCCUGGGGGUCUUGUCUUGAGCACAAUGGAGAUGGAGAAAAUACGCCUUAGAGAGGAGGAAGAGAAUAGGGUGAAGCGAGCAAUGAUUGAACACCAAUUUAACGAGAUUACACAAGUGGCUAUUAGUGAACUGGGAUUACAUUUUAAUCAGUUGCAGACAUUGGACAACCUGUUGGUGGGCAUUGAGAAUGAGGUGAAACUGCUAAAGGAUUUCUCUGCAAAAAACAAGGAAAGAGGAAUGGUGGAGGAGGAGGAACAAGUGCAUGAGAUGGAGGUAGAGCAUGGGCAAGGAGGGGAUGUUGUGGAAGAGAAAGAACAAGGGAAUGAGAUGGAGGUAGAGCAUGUGCUAGGAGGGGAUGUUGUGGAAGAGAAAGAACAAGGGCAUGAGAUGGAGGUAGAGCAUGGUCAAGCAGAUGUUGAAGAGAAAGAACAAGGGAAUUAUGAAGAAGAGAAAAAGAAAGAAGUGGAUGUUGAAGAAGAGAAAGAGAAAGAACAAGGGGAUGUUGAAGAAGAGAAAGAGAAACAACAAGGGGAUGAUGAAGAAGAGAAAGUGAAAGAGAAAGAACAAGGGGGGGAUGAUGAUGAUGAUGAAGAAGAAGAGAAAGAGAAAAAUGAAGAUCAAAAGCAAGACAAGAUGGAAGAAGAUGAAGAGAUAUGAUAUGGAAGAGUAGCCCAAUGCUCUUCUUUAUAUGUAAAUGCAAUUAUUUACUGUUACUACUGCUAUUGUUAAACCAAUUAUCUUACUUACAUUAACAACAUCAGUAGGUUUUUGUUAUUUAAAACUCUCUCAUUGAAUGUUUUUGUUUGCUUUUAACUUCAAGCAGUAAUC